UGGGCGGGGGAAGGAGGAGGUUUCGGAAUCGAAUAGUUGGCCUCAUCUGAGAGCUUCUCCGCACCGCAGCCACCCGGUUCCGACAGCGCUGUCUUUCCUCUUUCUCCCCGCUGUGCGCCUUCAUUCCUUUUCCUGUUGCUCCAAUUGGGCUUUUUGCGACCUAGUCACUUCCUUUGUCGUCCCCUUGAUGCAUUGAUCUGGCGUGUCGAUCCGAUUCGCGAUGAAUGGGUUCGCAGCCCACGGCCUCAACGAGGAUGCGUUUGGGGAGAAGACAGCGGGCAGCGAAGAAGGAGGCUUGAGGACCUUUGAUGCAUUCCCCAAAACGAAAGCCUCGUACACGGCCCCGUCCAGCCGCGGCGGGCAAUGGACCGUCAUCGUCUUGGCCAUCUGCACGUUUCUGUCGUUCACGGAGAUCCGGACCUGGAUGCAGGGCACGGAGAUGCAUCAUUUCAGCGUGGAGAAAGGGGUGUCGCAUGAGCUGCAGCUGAAUCUCGACAUGGUGGUGGACAUGCCCUGCGACACGCUGCGCGUGAACAUCCAGGACGCGGCGGGCGACCGCAUCCUUGCCGGAGAGAUGCUCACCAAGGAGGACACGAGCUGGAAGCUGUGGAUGGACAAGCGCAACACGGACACCUACGGCGGCUCGCACGAGUACCAGAAGCUGAACCAGGAGGAUUCCGGCCGUCUCGCGGCGCAGGAGGAGGAUGCCCACGCCCACCAUGUCAUGGGCGAGGUGCGGCGGAACCCUCGCAGGAAGUUCCCCAAGUCGCCCAAGCUGCGUCGCGGAGAGAAGAAGGACUCGUGCCGCAUCUACGGCAGUCUGGAGGGGAACAAGGUCCAGGGCGACUUUCACAUCACGGCCCGGGGGCAUGGAUAUGCGGAAUUGGGAGCGCAUCUAGACCACCAGGCAUUCAACUUCUCGCAUAUGAUCACCGAACUUUCCUUUGGCCCGCACUAUCCCUCGCUCUUGAACCCACUGGACAAGACCAUCGCCUCAACGGAAGACCACUACUACAAGUUUCAGUACUUCCUCUCCGUCGUGCCGACCAUCUACUCCAAGGGUCAAGGCGCCCUGGACACGUACUCGGCCGCGCCGCCCUCAGCGCAGACCAACCGGAACAAGAACAUCGUCUUCACCAACCAGUACGCCGCGACGACCCAGUCCGGCGCCCUGCCGGAGAACCCUUUCUACGUGCCGGGCAUCUACUUCAAGUACAACAUCGAGCCCAUCCUGCUGCUCGUCAGUGAGGAGCGUGGCAGUCUCCUCGCCCUGUUGAUCCGACUGAUCAACACCGCCUCCGGCGUCCUCGUCACAGGCGGUUGGGUGUACCAGUUCAGCGGAUGGGUUGGAGGAAUCCUCGGCCGCCGACGCCGCGCAAAGCAGGAGGGAGUACUCAAUGGGCGGCCUUAUUCGGACGAUUGA